GGCUUCCGCGCCGAUGCCGUGGGCGUGUGGUGGAUGCGCAGGCCUCCAGAAGAUAAUCUCCACGGGAAGCUAUACCUGGACGCUACGGCUGUGGAGCCCAGCUGUGGCUCCCUGCGCCGCGCAGGGUGGUCCAUGGUACAAGGCGAUGAUAGCGGCAACCUGAUAUCGGGAGUCUACGGCUCGGUCAGGCGCGACCUCUGCCCCCGGCAGACGGCCGAGGGCGGCGAGGACCUCGCGGUAUGGAUGCGGCUCAAUUAUGCUGGGCCAGUGGUGGAGGAGGUCAAUGCCGACUGCAGCUUCAUUGUUUCCUGCAUCAGGAAGGGGCGCGCGCAUGCCGCGGCGCCCGACAUUCCCGACGCGCACCUCUGGGGCAGGAUCCACGCCGCCUUCGAGCCAGGGGCCUUCGCCGUGCGGAAGGUGCCAGCACGCUGCAGCAGGCGGGCGGCGCUGGGUGGGCCCCUCGCUAGAGCUCAGCGCCGAGGCAAAGAGUGCGCCGACCGCCUCGCCAAGCUGGGCGCCAGGCUCCGCGCGGUGGGCGACCCGGCCAUGGGCGAGCGCCGCGCGCCGGCGGAGGUGGUCCACGAGCUGGCACGCUGGAUCGGGCAGGCCACAGUCAUCUGGCAGGGGGUCGCCGCCAAGGACAGCGAGGGCCCACCUGGCGCCGAAGAGUGCCGCCGAGUGCGGUUCGAGGAGCCCUCUCCGCCGCGGCUGCCUGGGCGACGGGGUUCUGGCGGGCCCGAGGCCAAGUGGCCGCGCCUCGCGAGCGCUCGCGCCGCGGCCAAGGGCUGCGCGGCAGCAGUCGGCGCGGGCGCGGAGCUGGUGGCGUGCUCCAAGUUCCUUGCCUACGCGGUGCUGGGCGGCCGCUCUGGGGCGAAGCCGCGCCUCGAGGAAGCCUGCGUCGGGGGCGAGGCCGACGAGAGCGGGCGCAGCCAGAGGGGCCUCCGGGCCCGCUGGCUCCAUCCUGGGGGGCGGCCGAGGCAGUCCAAGCAGCGGCAGAAGGGCCAGGGCCCCCCCCGCUUGCGACUGCAGGGCGCCGUGCCCAAGGCCGCCCAGGAGCGCUACAUGCAAUGUCUCGGCACCCAG